UAUAAUAAAAAAAACAAUACUUUUUUAUAAUAUGGGCCCUUUAAGUACUAGACUUAAUUAAUUCAUAAUUCAUAAUUCUCAUAAUUUCGUAGGAUAAUGUGACAACUAAAUAAAACAGUAUUUGUUGUGCUUGGUUCUUGUUUAUCACUUGUUGGUGAAUUGUUAUAGUUAUGUUUGGUUAAACGUUUGUCAGCAGGUGUACCCAUGAUGCAUUUCUGUCACCUAGUAAAAGUGUCCGGAUGAGACUAGCUAGCUAGCUGCUAAUGGUGCUCAAGUUUAGUUAGUUAUAGCUAACACGGUAAAACUUCGCUAAGUUUUCACGAAACAACUCUGAGAGCAAGAGAAAAAGAGAAUGGUUCAUUCGCACGUACAUGUGAGGGUGCCCCACUCGCCACCGCUCACAUGUCGCUGAUAACGCCAUCCAGACCCACGGCGUCUUCGCAGAAGCAUAGCGCCCACCCUCUGGUUUCCCCCUCAGCUGGAUGCUUGGUGAAGCAUGGUGGUGAAGAUGGUUAGGACGCACUUAAUGGGGCCACUGUCGUGGGGCCGGGUCAAAUGGCCGAGCAUAAUGGGAACAGGAGUCCUCUAUCUGCUGCUGCUAUCAACCUGUCUCGGCCAAGAUACGGACGGUAAAGACUGGCAAUACGAGGAAUGUAAACUGUCUCGGUCGGGUCCUCCUGCUACCAUCGUUGCCAUAGACGAAGAAAGCCCCAACGGAACAUUAUUGGUGGAGAACAUGCAGAUAAAUGGCAAGGCCCAGGAUCCUAAUAAAACCAUCUCUCUGUCGCUAAGGGACAACCACGACUACUGGGUGAUCCUCGACCCUUCCAAAAAAGCCCUUUACCUCAACAGCACCGGACGGGUUCUGGAUAGAGAUCCCCCCUCGUAUAUUCAGUCCAUUGUGGUUCAGGUUCAGUGCUACAACGUGCUGGUAGGCUCAGUGAUCUUACACGAAGUCCGCAUCGUUGUUCGAGACCGCAACGACAACUCGCCGCAUUUCCAACAGCCGAGAUACUAUGUCGCCGUCAGUGAGCUGACGCCGGUAGGAACCACUAUCUUCUCUGGUUUCUCGGGGAACAAUGGGGCAAAAGACAUUGAUGACGGUCCCAACGGACAGAUAGAGUACACCAUCCAGUACAACCCCAAAGACCCGACAACAAACAGAACCUUUGACAUCCCCCUGACACUGUUUGGCUCCGUAGUUCUCAGAGAAAGACUCAACUAUGAGGAGAUAACACGCUACCUGGUCAUCAUACAGGCAAAUGACCGAGCCCCCUAUCCCAGUGAGCGCCGUACGGCCACCACCACUCUAACUGUGGAUGUACUGGAUGGUGAUGACCUGGGCCCCAUGUUUCUACCAUGUAUGCUCGUAGGAAACACCCGUGACUGUAGUCCCAUCACGUAUAGGGCUAAUGUGCUGGAGCUGACAGAGCCGAAUAAGGUGAAUCCCGUCAAUGUGACUCCGUCCAUUCAAGCCGUGGACCAAGACAGAAACAUACAACCUCCCUCUGACAGGCCAGGGAUCCUGUACUCCAUCCUCAUUGGCAAACCAGAGUCCUACGUAGAAUAUUUCAGCUUGAACGGAACAUCAGCGGAGCUCCUGCUACUAAAGCCCAUCGAUAGAGAGCUCUACCGCAGAUUUGAUCUGGUUAUCAAGGCGGAGCAGGACAACGGCCACCCCUUGCCAGCUUUUGCCAACCUCCUAAUCGAAGUUCUGGAUGAAAACAACCAGGCACCCUACUUCCCAGAGGCCAGUUACCAUGGCUACGUCAGUGAGGCAUCACCGGUGGGAACCACCAUAGCGACCACCGCAAGCCUGUCUGCACCGCUGGCCAUCGUAGCUCUGGAUAACGAUGUGGAGGAGACCAGGGACCCUCAGCUCAACUUCUCAUUGGACAGCUAUUCUAAUGUUUUCUCUGUGUCUGCUACUGGAAUCAGACGAUAUCUCACCCUGGUGAAGCCACUUGACAGAGAGACGCAGGACUCCUACGCAUUCACGCUUUUAGCAUCAGACGGCGUACAGCAGAGCAUUCCGGUUACCGUGACGAUAACAGUGUUGGAUGCCAACGACAACACUCCGACUUUUGCUAAUGUCUCCUAUAAUGUCAACCUGUUUACUGAUAUGAUAGCUGGAGAAACUGUGUUACAGCUGGCAGCGGUCGACUCUGAUGCAGGUCCCAACGGUCAGAUCACCUACCGGAUCUUAGCUGGUGGCCAUGGACAUUUUCUUAUUGGCAACAGCAGUGGGAUCAUUACUGUGGCACCAAGUGUGGAACUCAAGGUUGGGCGGAGCUACGCUUUGACUGUAGAAGCCAUGGACAAUGGGCUUGUACCUCAGAGAAGGUCAUCCAUUACUACGGCCUAUAUCGAAGUUUUGCCCCCAAACAACCAGAGUCCUCCGCGUUUCCCCCGUAAACAAUACAACCUGGAGAUCAGCGAAGCUAUGAGGACUGGAGCUACGCUGCUUAAUCUGCAGGCAGUGGAUCGGGAGAGGGACCCCAUCACCUACGAAAUCCAAAGCGGAGACGCCCAUGGACAUUUUGCUCUACAGCAGAAUUCAGGGUAUUUGGUGCUGGACAAGGCUCUGGACAGGGAGUCUCUGGAUUAUUAUACUCUGGUGGUCACAGCCUCAGACGGACGCCCAGAUGGGAUCUCCACAGCGACGGUGAACAUCGUGGUGACAGAUGUUAAUGACAAUGACCCGCUGUUCGAUUCUUCACUGCCAGCGAAUCUCACUGUCAUCGAGGAGCGGGAUCACGCCUACGUCGGACAGGUCAAGGCUACAGAUCCAGAUCUGGGGGCAAACGGUCAGGUUCAUUAUCGCCUCGUCAACCACCAGAAGCUGUUUUCCAUCAAUGCCACCGGAGCCAUCAGAACUACGAUGCCGCUGGACAGAGAGGUGAAAGGUCACUACUUUCUGAUCGUCGAAGCCUGGGAUGGUGCGGUGGACCCCCGGCGAUCCAGAUUAACGCUGUCCGUCACCGUUCUGGAUGUAGACGACAACAGCCCGAUAUUCACCCAGCAGAGUUACAACGUCAGCCUACCAGAGAACAGCCCCAAAAAUACAGUCAUAUUACAGUUAAAGGCGAUAGACACUGACCUCGGCUCCAACCUCACAUAUCAAAUCAGAACUGAAGGCUCGGACCGGGGGAUCGCUCGGCUAUUCCACAUUGAUCCGGUGACAGGAGAGCUGUCGGUUCUUAAAGUGCUGGACUACGAGGCUCUCAAUGGAUCCGUACCCGCAUACACAUUCACAGUAGAGGCCAGGGACACAGAGGGAACCAUGCCUCCUGGACUAGCCUCUGUUACUGUCAGAAUCAUGGACAUGAAUGACUUUUCUCCGGUAUUCAGCCAGUCAGUGUACCGAGGCCUGGUUGCCCCUAACGCCGUCAAGGGAACCAUCGUAACCACAGUGAUGGCCAAUGACUCUGACCCCGCGGGUACCCCGGCAGGUCUAGUGCGCUAUAAAGUGAACCAGGAGGCGUAUCCUUACUCCGCCAGUAUAUUUGAUGUAGAGGAACAGACGGGGCAUGUCGUAACCAGAGUGAACCUCAACGAGGAGCCCAACCUCAAGUUCAGUCUGGUGGUGGUGGCCUAUGAUGAUGGUGUGCCAGUAAAGGAGAACACAACUCUAGUGGAGAUCACAGUCCUUCAGCCAUCUGUCAUUCCCGUGUUCGCUCAGGAAGAAUACAGGUUUCCACCAGUGAGCGAGGAGGCUGCUGUUGGGAUCCCGGUGGGAACCAUCAUGGCGGCUGCUGUCAAUCAAACUAUCAUCUACUCCAUCAUCGGAGGCAACAAGGGAGGCGUGUUCGCAUUAAAUGAAACUACAGGAGUGAUUUCCACAGCCAAGCCCCUGGACUACGAGGCCACUUCCACCUACGUUCUGAAGGUAGAAGCCGACUCCAUGAGAGUGGUGUCCUCGAACCUCCGGGUUCCCUCUAAGACCAACACAGCUAAGGUGAUGAUCGACAUCCAGGAUGAGAACGACCACCCGCCGGUUUUCACCAGACCUCUUUACAUCGGAGGGGUUGCGGAAGAUGCUAAAACAUUCACCUCCGUCUUGCAAAUACAGGCCCUGGAUAAAGACACUGGUAACUACAGCUCUAUGAUGUACCGGCUUAUCAUUCCCCCUCCGGCUGGUAAAGACACCAAAGAUAGAAAAGACGGCUUCAUCAUCGAACCAUACAGCGGCGUGGUGAAGACGGCGAUCAUGUACCGCAACAUGAGGCGGUCGUAUUUUAAGUUUGAGGUGGUCGCUACGGACAACUAUGGUCAAGGACACAGCAGCAAGGCGGAUAUAGUGGUGUCAGUCGUGAACCAGCUGGACAUGCAGGUGGUCGUGUCAAAUGUCCCCCCAACUUACGUGGAGAAAAACAAAGACAAGCUGCUCAAAAUUUUGGAACGCCACGUCCAGGAGCAGAUCCCGGGAGCAAAAGUUGUCGUGGAAACCAUCGGGCCCAAUCGCCAUGGCGAUGGAAUGGAGCAGGAAGACUACACCAAGUCGGACCUCAUGAUUUAUGCCAUCGACCCGCUGACGAAUAGAGCUGUAGCUAGACAGGAGCUCUACAAGUUUCUUGAUGGUAAACUCUUGGACAUCAAUAAAGAGUUCCAGCCCUUCCUCCCUCCCGGCGGACGGAUCCUGGAGAUCCGAACCCCUGAAGUGGUGACCAGCGUGAAGAAAGCUGCGAAUAUUGUAGGCAUCACAGAGGGGGCGCUGUUGGCUCUGGCAGUUAUUAUCAUUAUCUGCUGUGUCCCCGCCAUACUGAUCAUCAUCUUCACCUACAAACAAUUCAAGGAGCGCCAGGCAGAGUGUGCCAAAACAGCCCGUAUCCAGAUGGCAAUGCCAACGGGCAAACCAGGGGGAGGAACCGCCAACAACCUGUAUGAAGAGCUGGGUGACAACGCCAUGCGCGGAUAUGGACAACAUGAGACGCAACAACUUCUCCGACCUUCUCUGCUCAGACCAGAGGAGUUAUCAAUGGAAUCUGGCAUCGACCCCGGUCAGGACUAUUACACUCAAGAUUAUUACAACUAUGAGCACGGGUAUGACCUUCCUCAGUACGGCAGUCGCAGGAAACUGAUCUCACCCUCCGCGCUCUAUGAUGAAUAUGGAGAAGUGGUCGUUGAUGACGACGGCAGCUACUAUUACAGCCCACAGGAGUCUGACGGAGAGGUGAGGAGAGUGUUUCAAGGAGGUAGAUUAGCCCCACACCUUGCCAACCUCCAGCCCCAUCCUAAACCUUCUCAUGGGCCGUCAGGAAAGACCCCAGCAGCCCCGAGGACUGAGGGCGACAAACACCAACCGUCAGAAGGUGGUACAGCCACGAGCACAAAGCCUAAGGGCUCAAGCAUGGCCGCCAGGUUGAAGGCCGUGAUGACAGCGGGCACACUGCUGUCCGCUGGUAGUAAAACAUCUGGACAACCUCCGGCCAUCCACCUGCCCUGGAAAAAAGCCAGAGUCAGGCCGAUGGAAGAGGGGGAAGGAGGUAGAGAGAGACUGGAGGAAAGAAAGAUGGAAAGAGUGGGAAGGGGAUUUGAGAGAGGAGACGCAGGGAAAGGAGAGAACAGAGUUGGAGGAAGAGAUGAAGCAACAGAAAGAGGGAGGGAAAGAAGAGAAAUGGAAACACAGGGAAGAAGCAACAGAGUUGGCAUGACAAACAAUGGGAUGAGAAAUGCUGUCGAAGGGCAUCGGGGAGAGCUCCCUGGCCACUUUGCCAGCCUGGACGGCGGCGUGGUCAUCGAUGGGAGUUAUUUCCAAACAUCCGUCGAAGCCAGCAAACCGCCGCCAGUGAAACAAAAGCUGAGCGAGGCCCUCAGUCUUAUCUCCCUCACCAGAAGGCUCCAGGGACCCGCCAGGGUGGGAGAUGAACGGUGGAGCGACGGAAAAAGCUGGGACAGAGGAGAGGAUAACAGUAGGGAGAUGUAUGGCUCCUUAGGAGAUAUGAGCGUUUCUGCAUCGGUGUCUGAGAGAGCCAUGGGGGAGGAGAGGAGGAGGUGGGAGAGGGAGAUAGGAGAUGAGAAAAAUUCCUCCGAGGUGUGGUGGAAGAAGAGAGAAAAGCGAUUUCGCGACAGUGAUUCGGAAACAGGAAGUGGCGGCAAAGAGUCUCCAUCAGAAUGUAGUCCCUCCGACGCCAGUAGCCCCACGUCAUCUGUUACAGUCGAGCACGACAAGACCGAAUCUGAUACAGAGACAGAAAGGGACGAGGGAACUCCCGACACAGACGGAGAGACAGAUGAGGAGGGGUCAGAGUCUGAGAAGGAGUUGGAGAGCGAGGAUGAACGGAAAGAGUCGAGCAGAAGUAGCAACAGUAUUAGUAGUAAGAGUAGAAGAAGUAGUGCCAACUUAAAGAGAGGAAGCACAAGCAGACGGCGAGAAAGAAGCAGCCGCUCCACAAACGGCAAAGAGACGGAUAGAAACAGCAGCAGUGACUCUAAAAGUUCGAGAUAUUCAGGUUCUAGGCCCCAGAGUUCUAGACACUCCAGUUCUUCUCAUGAAACAAUCGAGGAAGAGAGCGAGGAAGAUGAAGAAUCAGGAGAGGAGGAGGAGGAGGAGGAAGGGAUGAAAAGCGUAGGAUCACGAAAGUCUUCGUCGAGCAGGCGAGCCACCAACCAAUCAGGCAUCAGCUCGGGCGUGAUGGACACCUCAGAUGUCUUGUCGCCCAUCAUUGAGGACACAGAGGAGGAGGAGAAAAGCAGCGGCCAUGGUGGGGAGAGAGACGAGGAUGAAGAAGAGGUGGAUUUUGAAAAAAUUAAUCGGCCGAUUGAAAUGCAGAUGAGGCCUUAGCAACCCCCACAAGAUUAAAUUCUUUGCAACUAACCCGGCAAUAAAAAACGUCGGAUCAAGUUGGUGUUGGACCGGGAAUAUGAGACCAGCUCCACUGGUGAGGACAGCAUGCCGGAGACCCAACGCAGCCGCUUACCCACCACCCUCAACAGCCACGCUAACGUUAACGGC